UUACAGAAGCCCAUCCUGCUGCAAGGCCAUGAGCGCUCCAUCACUCAGAUCAAAUACAACCGCGAGGGAGACCUGCUGUUCACCGUGGCCAAGGAUCCCAUUGUCAAUGUUUGGUAUUCGGUGAACGGCGAGAGGUUGGGGACCUACAAUGGGCACACGGGAGCUGUGUGGUGUGUGGAUGCUGACUGGGACACCAGGCACGUCCUGACCGGCUCUGCAGACAACAGCUGCCGCCUGUGGGACUGUGAGACAGGGAAGCAGCUGGCCCUGGUGAAGACCAGCUCAGCCGUGAGGACGUGCGGCUUUGACUUUGGAGGGAACAUCAUCAUGUUCUCCACGGACAAGCAGAUGGGCUACCAGUGCUUUGUGAGCUUCUUCGACCUCAGGGACCCCAGCCAGAUCGGUGAGGGGCCAGGGCAGCCCCCUCUGGGGUCCCACUGGGCUUUUGGGGUUAAAUCUCAUGGUUCCUCCUGCAGUUACAGCAGUGGGGGGGAGGAUGGCUACGUCCGCAUCCACUACUUCGACCCUCAGUACUUCGAGUUCGAGUUUGAAGCCUGAAGGAGAAUUUCCCUCUCCUCUCCUCUCCUCUUCUUUUCCCUUCUCCAAGCCCUUGCCCAAGGCUGCAGGAAGGGCCUGAAGUUGUUUUUGGGGGUUUGGGAGGUUGGGGAAGUGGGAAUUCUCCAGUGGUUUUUACUGGGACAAGAGUGAGGGGAACUGGGGUUGGCUGCCUGCCCUGCUGGGCAUAUUUAUAAACCAGGGGGAGGGGAAAAAAAGAGGAAAUAAAUAGAAAUCUUUUCUAAACA